AUGCUUUUCUCUGGUCUCUGGGCGUUUUUAUCCGUCGCAGCCGUAGUCUCCGGCCGGAAAUUGGUCGUUCUCGAUCGUCGAACUUCUGUUCCGACCGACUUCGUCCACUCGGGUGUCGCUCCGGCAGAACAAAUACUCAAUCUUCGUAUCAACCUUGCCCAGCGCGACUUACCUGGCCUUGAAACAGCUCUAAAUGCGGCCAGCUUCCCCGACAGCCCACUCUACGGACAAUGGCUGAGCAAGGAACAAGUAGAGUCUUUUGUGCGUCCUACUGAAAAGACGACAUCUGCCGUUGCACAAUGGCUCGCAGAGCACGGGAUUGCAUCAACACCAUUGACACAUGCUGGAGACUGGGUUUCGUUCACCGUUCCUGUCAGCAAGGCAAACGAAAUGCUCAACGCGGACUUCAAUAUCUUCACCCAUGUCCCAAGCGGCAAGCAGUCGAUCCGCACUCUCGCGUACGCGGUCCCCGCUGAAUUGGCCCCACAUAUCAACCUGAUUGCGCCGACAACAUCGUUCUCGCGACCCAUGCGCGCGGGGCCCAUGUUCACCGCCAGCAACGGCGUGGUCCCUAAGCCGGAAGCCACUCCCCCGGCCAGCUGCAACACCACGAUCACUCCAGCAUGUCUCCAAGCCUUAUACAACAUUCGAACAACGCCAGCCGUCAACCAGAACAACUCCAUCGGCGUUGCGGGCUUUGGCAACCAAUUUGCGAAUCAGGCUGAUCUCACACAAUUCCUUCGCGCUCAACGUCCUGACAUGUCACCAACAACCUCAUUCGCGGUAACCUCUGUUGAUGGAGGCACCAACUCGCAGACUCUGAACCAAGCAGGUAUCGAGGCGGACCUGGACAUCCAAUACACCGUUGGUCUGGCAACUGGUGUCCCUGUCAACUUUGUGUCUGUCGGCACACGGACUCAGGAUGGGCCAGAUGAGGCAAGUAGUAUUGGUUUCUUGGAUAUUGUCAAUGCCCUCCUAGCAGAGGCAGCACCUCCGCAAGUCCUGACAAUCAGCUAUGGCCUCAAUACCGAGAUGGAUCUUUCCCAGCCACUCACUGUCGCAAUGUGCAAUGCCUAUAUGCAAUUGGCAGCCCGGGGAAGUAGUCUAAUGUACGCUUCGGGCGAUGGUGGAGUUGCAGCAACACCUGGUGAAACAUGCGGCGUGACAUUCCUUCCGACCUUCCCAACUUGUGCAUUUAUCACCCUUGUUGGGGCAACCGAAAAUGUCCCAGAACGUGGGGCCGAACUGUCUGCUGGGGGGUUCUCGAACUACUUUCCUCAACAAUCAUGGCAAUCAACCGCUGUCAAUGCCUACCUUGCAAAGCUCGGAACCACGUUUGCCGGCAAGUUCAAUGCAAGCGGGCGUGCGUUCCCAGAUGUCUCCGCCCAAGGCCAGCGGGUGCAAAUCGUCCAGCGCGGUCGCACCGGCACCGUCGCCGGGACAUCCUGCUCCUCUCCAAUUUUUGCCUCUGUUAUUGGCCUCCUGAAUGACGAGCUGAUCAGCGCGGGCAAGCCCGUCCUGGGCUGGCUCAACCCGUGGAUCUAUGCUAAUCCACAGAUGUUCAAUGAUAUCACGACAGGCAAUAACCCCGGUUGCGGAACGAGCGGCUUCCCUGCAAUGGCAGGCUGGGACCCGGUGACAGGAAUGGGCACACCAAACUAUGCUGCCAUGAGAAUCGCUGCAGGGUUAUCGUAG